AAUCGAGAAGUGAAGCCGCAGGGGUUUAAUUUUAAAUCUCGUUUCGUAUAGGAGCUAGCGAGCGCGACUUUACUCACUCAGGUUCAGUUUCCUGUGUCUGACGUCUGGUCGCGGUCACUUAACCACCGCAGUACGACGCGAGAAUAUCAAGUGCAAUAAGUCCAUUGUGUUACCACUUUUUUUUCCUUUUUUUUUACUUAUUCUGUUGCGGUCUUUAGGCGUUUUCUUUUGUAGUUUUCAAGAUGACUCACGUAUUCGUAGGCUUCCACGAUCAACGUAACAGCAGCCGGGUACUCAAACCGCCAGGCGGCGGCACCUCCAACAUCUUCGGGGGUGACAUCGUGCCCGACGUCAUCCCUCAUUCGCCCCGUAAAGAUGUCAAACAUCGCGAGAGUAGCAUCCAGGAGGUCUUGAAAACCGAAUCGGUCUCCACCAUUAAAAGUGAGGAGACGACUACCACUUCUAACGUGGUGAGGCAGGAGGAGCAGAAGGAGGAGCAGACGGUAGCUCCUCCCCCAGACGUUAUCUCUUGUAAAAUCGAACAGAUGACGAUCGAGAAGAAGACCUCGUCCAAAAGUGAGGUUUCCGAGACCGAUUCGGAUGGUAACAAGACGGUGGUGGCCAGUGAGGAGGAGCACCAGCAUUCGUGUGUUAAAAAGGGAGGCGCCACCAUCGGGAAUAUUUUGAGUCAGGACGAUAUCGUGGAGGUGAAGAAGGUUAAGGGAGCCUCGUCGCCUGGACAGAGGGUGCCCCCUGGAGGUUAUUCGUCUGGAUUGUGGUAGAUGUUUUUUAAAGGUUGUAAGCUAUGUUUAUCUGUCUAGAGCGGUAUCUAGCUUAAUAUAGACGUGAUAUGUUUUAUUCAUUUAUUAGGUAUAUAUUUAUUUACAUGCAUUUAUAUUGAAUAUAUUAUUCUUAUUAUGGAAUAUAA